CCUCCUACAGUCCGAAUCAUCCACUCUGGCCACGCAUGCAACAUCGAGGAGGAGCGCUAUACCGAGCGCGUCUACACCAUCCGGGAGGGAGAGACCCUGGAGCUAGCUUGUCUGGUCUCGGGCCACCCUCGACCUCAGGUGAGAUCACCACUGCACUAUCCCCAGAUCCAGUUUACUGACGUACAGCAUUGUCUGUGCCAUAUCAUUAGAAUGACUAGAACGGACAUUACCAUUCAAGUCAACGUUACUUGAAGGGCGGACAGGCGACCAUAUUGAGUGUAGCCAUGAGUGUACCAGUCAAGUUGCCGUGGUACGGUGGGGCUUUGUCCCUUCUAGCAUUUAUAUUUCUACGGCUCCUGUUAAAGCCUCCACCUCUUAGACUUCCACUCCACUGCCUUAAAUUUGCCGGAGCGGAGCAGGUGGGGCGCCGUCACGCGCGCUCAGACGCAAGGCUUCUUUAGGCAGCGGCACGUUGUUCUGUCCAGGUCUUUCCAUGUGCAAAUGAGUGCAAUCACACCGAGUGAAGAGGAGCUCCCCAUUGGGGGAAACAGCCAGAGGAGAAAUCAUCUGACGUUCUCUACUACAGAACUACCCAGGGACUCAAACAUUUACACUAAAAGCAAGAGAGACCUGGAAAAGUGCAUAUUACAUUUCUCAUGGAGUCUUCAUGAAUGCGUGUGAUAGUCAUCUUUUAUUACUCACAUAUUCAAGUGAAUGAAUGGGAAAGGCAUACAUGGAUUUGACACAAUGGAUGAUUAAGAUGGGGGGGAUGUAUCACUGGGGAUGGAAUGUAUUUUUGUGGGAUUGGUUAUGUGAUGUGCUAGGACUCUGAUGACAGAUGGUUUCAUCCAUCUCCACUAUAUUACAGUAUUGUUCCACAGUAAUGAAUUGACUGAGAUCCAUCACCCCCCCUCAUUGCACCGUCCAAUUGUCCAAACUAUACGACAACAGAGAGAUGGCGCCAUGGCAGCUUACAAUGAAGCCGGGUACUAUAUUAGUGAUUUCACCACCAUUUCAUUGGGUGGAUGGACUUCAAACUGUAGAUUUCAAGAGCUUGGCCUCUGGGGCUCGUAAGUGAUGGAGCUACUGGGCAUCAUCCAGCCCUGGCAUCGGCUGCCUUGUCCCCAUACUGACAGAGGUGUUAACUUGCUGAAGCCAGGGGUGUACCAGCCAGAGGCACAGAGCCAUAAUGCCAAGGACAUUGUUCUUCUCUGCUGUUGUAGACUCAGCUGUCCUAGCUAGGCCAAAUGAUAUGUUCAUUCUGCAUUUUCCAAUUUUUUUUUUGCUAAAGACGCGAGAUUGAGAAUGUUUUCUUCCUCAGUGAUGAGCGUCAUAUCUUCCUUUUCCAGAAGAGUAGGUUCCAUCGCCAUUUGCUCCAAGACAUGUUGUACUAGGUUGCAUUUUUGUACUGUUGCAAUAGAUUUAAGUAAUGUGAUUUUUGUCUAGUUGUUUGAAUGGAACUUCGAUAUAGGGAGGUUUUACUAGGCUGCUCCAGAGAGGCAUCAGAUAAUAUAGUGUUAGGAGGGUCUUUGGACGAGCCUGGCUUCAAAUGGAGCCCCAAAUGUUUUGACCUAAUCCAAAGCGCAGCGUUCGACCACGUGGAAUUCGGUGCUAAAUCCGCCCCAACAAUUUACUGUCAUUCGGACAAAACUAGACGAUUGCAGCCCAGGACUCUGUGUUCAGCUCAGGACAUAAUCAAAGUGACACAUGCCAUGACUGGUAGUGGUGGCUCUAUUGAUCCGUCGGUGCUAUCUGUUCCAGCCGAUGACAAGACGUCAGACUAAUGAGCGCUAAUGGGCCCGUCAUGUUUUAGCCCUUUAAUUGGGGUGCCAGGCUACAUGGGCUCUGGAGGAGAGUUAAAAUCAUGGCGGAGACUUUUUAAAAGGCCAAAUACUAUUAGGAAUAAUGUGAUGGAUAGUUGUUGUAUAUUUCCUCCAGGAUUCACUAGCAUACUACUGGGAAUGCAUGCUGCUCUGUUUCAAUGUCCUCACUAGCAUACUGCUGGGAAUCCAUGCUGCUCUUUUUCAGCAUACUAUGUAAAAUGAUGUAAUGCAUUGGGCAAUGGACAUGCAUUCUAAGCAUAUGCUGGUAUGGACUUUGGAACAUAGAGGCCAUGUCAGUCUUGCCUAUGCUACUUACUAAAACUACCUACAGUGGGGAGAACAAGUAUUUGAUACACUGCCGAUUUUGCAGGUUUUCCUACUUACAAAGCAUGUAGAGGUCUGUAAUUUUUUAUCAUAGGUACACUUCAACUGUGAGAGACGUAAUCUAAAACAAAAAUCCAGAAAAUCACAUUGUAUGAUUUUUAAGUAAUUACUUUGCAUUUUAUUGCAUGACAUAAGUAUUUGUCACCUACCAACCAGUAAGAAUUCCGGCUCUCACAGACCUAUUCGUUUUUAUUUAAGAAGCCCUCCUGUUCUCCACUCAUUACCUGUAUUAACUGCACUUGUUUGAACUCGUUACCUGUAUAAAAGACACCUGUCCAAAACUCAAUAAAACAGACUCCAACCUCUCCACAAUGGCCAAGACCAGAGAGCUGUGUAAGGACAUCAGGAAUAAAAUUGUAGACCUGCACAAGGCUGGGAUGGGCUACAGGACAAUAGGCAAGCAGCUUGGUGAGAAGGCAACAACUGUUGGCGCAAUUAUUAGAAAAUGGAAGAAGUUCAAGAUGACGGUCAAUCACCCUCGGUCUGGGGCUCCGUGCAAGAUCUCACCUCGUGGGGCAUCAAUGAUCAUGAGGAAGGUGAGGGAUCAGCCCAGAACUACACGGCAGGACCUGGUCAAUGACCUGAAGAGAGCUGGGACCACAUUCUCAAAGAAAACCAUUAGUAACACACUACGCCGUCAUGGAUUAAAAUCCUGCAGCGCACGCAAGAUCCCCCUGCUCAAGCCAGCGCAUGUCCAGGCCCAUCUGAAGUUUGCCAAUGACCAUCUGGAUGAUCCAGAGGAGGAAUGGGAGAAGGUCAUGUGGUCUGAUGAGACAAAAAUAGAGCUUUUUGGUCUAAACUCCACUCGCCGUGUUUGGAGGAAGAAGAAGGAUGAGUACAACCCCAAGAACACCAUCCCAACCGUGAAGCAUGAAGGUGGAAACAUCAUUCUUUGGGGAUGCUUUUCUGCAAAGGGGACAGGACGACUGCACCGUAUUGAGGGGAGGAUGGAUGGGGCCAUGUAUCGCGAGAUCUUGGCCAACAACCUCCUUCCCUCAGUAAGAGCAUUGAAGAUGGGUCGUGGCUGGGUCUUCCAGCAUGACAACGACCCGAAACACACAGCCAGGGCAACUAAGGAGUGGCUCCGUAAGAAGCAUCUCAAGGUCCUGGAGUGGCCUAGCCAGUGUCCAGACCUGAACCCAAUAGAAAAUCUUUGGAGGGGGCUGAAAGUCAGUAUUGCCCAGCGACAGCCCCGAAACCUGAAGGAUCUGGAGAAGGUCUGUAUGGAGUAGUGGGCCAAAAUACCUGCUGCAGUGUGUGCAAACCUGGUCAAGACCUACAGGAAACGUAUGAUCUCUGUAAUUACUUAAAAAUCAAACAAUGUGAUUUUCUGUAUUUUUGUGUACCUAUGUACCUAUGAUAAAAAUGACAGACCUCUACAUGCUUUGUAAGUAGGAAAACCUGCAAAAUCGGCAGUGUAUCAAAUACUUGUUCUCCCCACUGUACAUACUGCGUACUAAUCAUACUACAUACGAUUUUGAACGUACUGUUUACGAAAAAUGUAUGCAGUAAGCAACAAAUAUCAACAUACCAGACUCACCCAUACUGAGAAUUCUUAAUCUAAUGCGCAGUUGCGUUGUUUACCACCAUUCAUUCAUUUUGGUAUAGCACAUCCUCUUAUCUGAUUAUCAGCUGUUGUCAAAACAGCUGUGGGUCUGAAAAGACAAUUAUUUUCCUCAAUAGCAUGUUGCGAAUUCUGCUAGAUGACAAGCAGAUAAGAGUAUGACAUCACAUUUUUGAAAUGUCAUACUAUAAAACGUUUUAUUUACGCAUACCCAAAAUGGCUACCGAGUACGGGUAUUCGGACACAGCCAGACACUGGCUCUGUUUCAUUGUCCACACUAGCAUACUACGUAGAAUGAGGAAAUGUAUUGGGCAUACAUUCUACUGUAAGUAGCGCUGUAUGGUAUGAACAUAGACAUGGGCUCUGUUUCAAUAUCCACACCAGCAUACUCCUUUCGCGGACCUCAAACUGGUCGAGCAGGCAUGCACAUGAACAUUUUUGUCUAUCCACACCAGACUCAACCAUUUCAUAUUGAGUAUGGUUUUGUGGAGUUUGCGAUGGAAACUAAAGCCUCACGCGUCUCAGAUAGAACCAAGUUCAACACCAGCAUACUACUGACAAUGCAGUAAUGGAUUGGGCAUGGGUAUGUAGUCACUCACUCCGCACCAGAAUAUCCUCUCUCUCUAGAGCUGUGGGGUUAAGUAUUCUGAAGGUGCUAAUGUUUGAGUGGGUGUGUGAAGUCUGCAGUGACAAGGCAGUAAUAUAUGUUAACACAAUCCCACACAUUCUUUUCAAGAAGCCGUUUGAAACUCCAAAGUGUUCGACAGUUCAAAAGACGCCUCAUAUUAUGGGGAGGAUUACCCUUUUGUGCAGGAAGCUUAAGUGGAGUCUCUGACUUUAGCCCUUCCUCUGCCAUAUCCUCCCAGUUUAAGCAGCACUGCACUUCUUCCCUCUGUCUUCUUCCCCUCCACCCUGUCUCUUUCCUCUCUCAUUCCUCCACCCUGUCUCUUCCUCCCCGUCUUCCUCCUCCACCCUGUCUCUUCCUCCUCCACCCUGUCUCUUCCUCCUCCACCCUGUCUCUUCCUCCUCCACCCUGUCUCUUCUCUCCUCCCCACCCUGUUUUCCUCUUCCUCUCCACCAAGUCUCUUCCUCCCUCCACCCUGUUUCUCCUCCUCACUCCUCUUCCUCCUCCACCCUGUCUCUUCCUCUCUUCCUCCUCCACCCUGUCUCUUCCUCUCUUCCUCCUCCACCCUGUCUCUUCCUCCCUCCACCCUGUCUCUUCCUCCUCCACCCUGUCUCUUCCCUCCUCCACCGUCUUUCCUCUCACCCUCUCUUCCUCCUCCCCCUGUCUCUUCCUCCUCCCACCCUCUCUCCUCCAUCCCUGUCUCUUUUCCUCUCCUCCACCCUGUCUCUUCUCUCUCUCCUCCACCCUGUCUUUUCCCCUCUCUUCCUCCUCCCCUGUCUCUUCCUCUCCUCCACCCUGUCUCUUCCUCCUCCACCCUUUCCCUCUCACCUCUCUUCCUUCUCCUCAACCCUUCUUCACUCCUCCCCUUCCUCUCUCUCCUCCACCCUGUCUCUCCUUCUCCCUCACCCUUCUCUUCCUCCUCCACCCUGUCUCCUCCCCCGUCUCUUCCUCCUCCUCCUCACCCUGUCUCUUCCUCUCUACCUGCCUGUCCUCCUCCUCACCCUGUCUCUUCCUUCUCCCUCCCACCUGUCUCUUCUCCUCCACCCUGUCCUUCCUCCUCUCCACCCUGUCUCUCUCCUCCUUCCUCCUCCACCCUGUCUCUCCUCCUCCACCCUUCUCUUCCUCUCCUCCUCCACCCCUGUCUUCCUCCUCCCACCUGUCCUUCCUCCUCCACCCUGUCUCUUCCUCUCUCCUCCUCCACCCUGUCUCUCCCUCUCUUCCUCCUCCACCCUGUCUCUUCCUCCUCCACCCUCCUCCCUUCUUCCCUUCUCUCUCUCUUCUCUUCCUCCUCCACCCUGUCUUUCUCUUCCCUCACCUGUCUCUUCCUCUCUUUCUCACCCUGUCUCUCCUUCCCCCCUGUCUCCUUCCACCCCUGUCCCCUGUCCUCCUCCCCCGUUCUCUUCCUCUCCACCCUGCCUCCUCACCUGUCUCUUCUUCCUCCUUUCCUUCCUUCUCUCCUCCUCCACCCCCUUCUCUUCCUCCUCCACCACUUUCCUCCUCACCCCCUCUCCUCCCACCCUGUUCUUUCAUCUCUCUCUCCUCCUCCACCCUGUCUCUUCCUCCUCCACCCCUCCUCCUCCACCCUCUCUCUUCCUCCUCCACCCUCUCUUCCUCCUCCACCCUGUCUCUUCAUCCUCCUCCUCCACUCUCUUAUUUUGAUAUGGACAGGAGGGAGGGAGCGCUAGAGGGGAGUGAGAGGGGGUAGCAGACAGAACCUUGUUAAAUCAUCCCUUGCUUCGGUACAUUAAGUUAGUUAGUUAGUUAGUUAAUUACACACUGAUGCACCUUCCUUCCUCCCUCGUCUCUCCUCAGAGACUGUCUGCACACACACACACGCAGUCAGAGUCCAAGAUCAAUUGUGCUGCCGGUGUUCUCACAGACCAGCCAGCAGCAGACCACCCUGUAUACCACUGCUGGCUUGCUUCUGAAGCUAAGCAGGAAUGGUCCUGGUCAGUCCCUGGAUGGGAGACCAGAUGCUGCUGGAAGUGGUUUUGGAGGGCCAGUAGGAAUAACUUUUUCCCAGGACAAAAUAUCCCAGGACAGUGAUUAGGGUCAUUUUACCCUGUGUAGUGGGAUGUUAAACGGGUGUCCUCUUGACUCUCUGUGGUCAUUAAAGAUCCCAUGGCACUUAUUGUAAGAGUAGAAGUGUUAACCCCGGUGUCCUGGCUAAAUUCCCAAUCUGGCCCUCAUACAAUCAUUGCCACCUAAUCAUCCCCAGCUUCCAAUUGGCUCAUUCAUCCCCCCUCCUCUCCCCUGUAACUAUUCCCCAGGUCGUUGGCUGUACCUGAGAAUGUGUUCUCAGUCAACUACCUGGUUAAAAUAAGGGUAAAAUAAAUAAAAAACAGACAACAAGUGUUUGCUGGCUGGCCAGAUCCCCACAGACAAACAAGUGUUUGCUGACUGGGCAGAUCCCACAGACAACAAGUGUUGAUGGCUGGCAGAUACCCACAGACAACACGUGUUGCUGGAUGGGCAGAUCCCACAGACAACAAGUGUUUGCUUGGCUGGCAGAUCCCACAGACAACAAUCUGUUGCUGACUGGGGGAUCCCACAGACAAUAAGUGUUUGCUGGCAGGCAGAUCCCACAGACAACAAGUGUUGCUGGCAGGCAGAUCCCACAGACAACAAGUGUUGCUGACUGGCAGAUCCCACAGACAACAAGUGUUGCUGGCUGGCAGAUCCCACAGACAACAAGUGUUGCUGGCUGGCAGAUCCCACAGACAACAAGUGUUGCUGACUGGUGGAUCCCACAGACAACAAGUGUUGCUGGCUGGCAGAUCCCACAGACAACAAGUGUUGCUGACUGGUGGAUCCCUGGAGCUGCUGCUUAUGACAGACCGCGGAGGCAGUGCGGGCUAUAAAUAGGCCGGCGAAUGGGCACGCUCGCCUGUCUUUUCCCACACUGGAGCCUACGUCACCGCAGUGUGCUGAGGCGCUCCUCUCAUAUGCCAGUCAUCUGCUGUUGCCUAGCUACAUGCAGGUGAACCAGCAACCGAAUCAUAGCCCUGCUGCCCGUGUGAACGACAAACGAGGCCAAGAACAGCUUCUUCUUCUCCUCUUUCCAAACAUUCUGUGACGUGCUACAUCAUCGUAUCGUAGGCUACAUCCAGUGGCUUUGAUAGACUGGAUGGAAUACAUGAUUAGCACAUGCUGACUAUGAAGCUACAUCCCAAAGAGACGCUUUACCCUAUUUUGUGUAUACUCUUUUUUAAAUUUUUUUUUUACAUUAUAUUGUAUAUAAUGAAGCAUAUAUAACACAUAUAUAAGCAUAUUGUAAACGUGACAUUAUAGCUACAUAGAUCAUGUUCAAAGUAAUCCCUUACAGAAAAAGAUUUGUAGUUUUGAAACUGCAGUAAAAGUGCAGUAACUGCAGUCGAAUGUUAUUUUGGACGCAGUAAUUGCAGAAUAACUGCAGUGAACUGCACUCUAACUGCAGUUACAAUCCAAAAUUACUGCAGUAAAAAAAAAGCGGUGUUAUUUUGGAUGCAUUAUUUGCAGCAUGCUGCAGUUAUACAGCACUCUAACGCCUCGAUCACACUGACACCAUCAUCGCGCAAAAUGUUACGCAGCAUCAUCUGGAUAUGUGUGCAACAAAAGUUCAACAUUCACCUUCUGCUACCAUUUCUGUCAAGCCGUUUUACGCAUACAGUUUGACGCAUACGUUCGAUAAAUCCAACGUAUGCACUGCAACUGCAUCUGCAACACAAAGCUUUUUUUUUUUUACUUUUUUUUUUACGUUGUCUGGGGGCCUAGAAAUUUCAAAGCUGCUUUCUCUCUAUUUGCUGAAUUAAAAAGCUCCAGCGUUCUUACUUACAUCCAAAUGUUGAGGUUCAAGUUGCUGAGGAGAGAGAGGAAAUCCCCCCCCCCCCCCCCCCCCCCGAAAAGAAAGCCAGUGUAGCUAAGCCCCAUGAAUUCCAAAGCUGUGUUGUUCCUGCCCCAUGAAUUCCAAAGCGGUGUUAUUCCUGCCCCAUGAAUUCCAAAGCGGUGUUAUUCCUGCCCCAUGAAUUCCAAAGCGGUGUUAUUCCUUAACCAACACCAAUAUGUGUGUAACAAAUCCAUGUCACCUACCAUCUUGAGCAAAGCAUGAAAUGGAUUUUAUCCCCCUGCUCGCCAAACCGAAGCUAGGUUGCGACUCUCUUCGGGUUCAGAAUGUGCCUGAACCCCAGUGCUAUUGAUAUCAUUUUUAUUCUUCCCUCCAUGACCCCCCGGAGGUGGUGUGGGGUGGGGGUGUUAGUGGCUGAUUUUCAUGGGCUACAGAUGACAAACAAUCCCUUCCAUUUAGGACUAGUUUAUUGCCAACUACUAGGAGAACAUGUUAUUUUAUUGUACUGAUCAAUAACAUUUGCUUGUAACGCCAAGGUAGUGGGUUCGAUCCCCCGGGACCACCCAUACACAAAAAUGUAUGCACGCAUGACUGUAAGUCGCUUUGGAUAAAAGCGUCUGCUAAAUGGGAUAUUAUUAUUAUUAUGUGGCUGUGGAAUCUGACUUUGUGGCUGUGGAAUCUGACUUUGUGGCUGUGGAAUCUGACUUUGUGGCUGUGGAAUCUAGUGGAAACCAGAUGGGAGGCGAAGUUAAUAACGUUUUUGGUGACAAUCAGCUUUGAACUCAGCAUAUUUUGUGUUAUAGUUUGCACACUAUCACAAACAAGGGUAGUGAAUUUAUGUUGAUUUAGCUGUAAGCUAGCAAGGAAAGUUGGCCCACAAUUAAAGCUGGAAGCUACCGGUAUCAUCUUGCAUUGUAAAAGUGUUUUAGCCUGUAUGGACAUUGUUUUGCGAACAGUAAUGAACAGUUUCAACGUGUGUAGUAGCAGUGGAGGCUGCUGAGGGGAGGACGGCUCAUAGUAAUGGCUGGAAUGGAAACCAUGUGUUUGACACCAUUCCAUUCACUCCAUUCCAGCCAUUAUUAUGAGCCGUCCUCCCAUCAGCAGCCUCCACUGGAGUGUAGUGUAGUGUAGUUAGUAUAGUUAGUGUAGGGUAGUCAGUGCGUGUAGUUUAGCUAGUGUAGUGAGGAUAGUGUGUGUAGUCAGUGUUGUGUAGUGUAGUCAGUGCGUGUAGUUUAGUUAGUGUAGUGAGGAUAGUGUGUGUAGUCAGUGUUGUGUAGUGUAGUCAGUGCAGUGUAGUGAGUGUACACAGUGGGGGGCCACACAUCCAUUCACCCUCUUCAAAGUGCCAUUUGCGUAUUCCGAGACCGUUGCCGACCGCGGCGGUCUUCUUCUUCGCCUUCCAGAAGCCAAACGCUCCACUGAUCGUAUAUAUACUGUAUAUGUAAAUUAAACAUCCGUGCAAAUGGAUAGACGGGCAGCGGGAGACUGGUGACCUCAUCUUCCUCCCUUCUCAGAUCACUGAUGCCAGGGUUGCCUAGUUUCCUGUUGCCUAGUUUCAGAUGCAUUUCUCCUCCAAACACAAGAAGUGCUUAAUGAGGGCGGCAGGUAGCCUAGCGGUUAGAGCAUUUGGCCAGUAACCCAAUGGUUGCUGGUUAGAAAAAUCUGUCAAUGUGCCCUUGAGCAAGGCACUUAACCCUAAUUUGCUCCUGGGGUGCCGUACUACUAUGGCUGACCCUGUAAAACAACACAUUUCACUGAACCUAUAUAUUAUUAUUUUUUAAUAGGGACUGCUUAUCACACAGGUUUAGUGCCAUUGGGAAUACCUCAGCGUUGCACGGGAUUGUCAGAGCUGUUUUCUGUGGUUCAGUUAUAGUUGUGGUUUUCUCCGAGUUCACGUGCCGUAGGGAAUCCAGACUCACUGGAUGGCGUUGGAAUGUAAGACGCAUGUCGCUGUCUCACGAGAACCACUCCAACACAAGCCACCUUCUAAAUAUUUGAUGCGCUUGUCCGUUUAAUGGCCUUUGAACUGCGCCAUAGAUAUACAUUUCAGUCAGUUUUUGAACUGCGCCGUAGAUAUACAUUUCAGUCAGUUUUUGAACUGCGCCGUAGAUAUACAUUUCAGUCAGUUUUUGAACUGCGCCGUAUAUAUACAUUUCAGUCAGGUUUUGAACUGCGCCGUAGAUAUACAUUUCAGUCAGUUUUUGAACUGCGCCGUAGAUAUAAAUUUCAGUCAGUUUUACCAUUAAUAUCUUUGUUCUGCAUGUAUUACACUUUGAUAUGUUGUUGCUGUUCUCAAUAGAGAGCCUAUGGACAAAUAAAGAAAGUUAAAAUAAUGUGUGGUACUGUUGACUUUCAUUGAUUGUUCCUCACACAGGCUGAAUAAAGCCCAUAUUCAGAAAAAAUUUACAUUAUUAGUCCAUUAUUUGACUUCUUCUAAAACAUGCACUACAUUGGCUCAUUUUAAUCCAGAAUAACGUGUGUUUUGAAAUAUAAUUAUCCCAUGGCUGACCCCAUUACCGUCAGUCCAGCCUGUUGACCAUAGCAUUAGUCCUCGGUCAGCAGAUGUCACCUCUGACCUCUAUCGCUCUCUCCCACCCCAGAUCCGAUGGACCAAAACAGCCGGUAGCGCCUCGGACCGCUUCCAGGACUCCAGUGUGUUCAACGAGACCCUGCGCAUCACCCGCAUCCAGAGGCACCAGGGCGGACGCUACUACUGCAAGGCUGAGAACGGCCUGGGAUCCCCGGCCAUCAAGUCCAUCCGAGUGGACGUCUACUGUGAGUGGACAGGCCUUGCCUCGGUCACCUGCACGCCCUUUUCUUCCGCUGAACUCCCCCGGUGUUCCACUGCACUCCCCCAUGUGUUCCACUGCACUCCCCCAUGUGUUCCACUGCACUCCCCCGUGUUCCACUGCACUCCCCGGUGUUUCCACUGCACUCCCCCAUGUGUUCCACUGCACUCCCCGUGUUCCACUGCACUCCCCCAUGUGUUCCACUGCACUCCCACGGUGUUCCACUGCACUCCCACGGUGUUCCACUGCACUCCCACGGUGUUCCACUGCACUCCCCCAUGUGUUCCACUGCACUCCCACGGUGUUCCACUGCACUCCCCCAUGUGUUCCACUGCACUCCCCCAUGUGUUCCACUGCACUCCCACGGUGUUCCACUGCACUCCCCCACUGUGUUCCACUGCACUCCCACGGUGUUCCACUGCACUCCCACGGUGUUCCACUGCACUCCCAGGUGUUCCACUGCACCCCCAUGUGUUCCACUGCACUCCCCCUGUGUUCCACUGCACUCCCACGGUGUUCCACUGCACUCCCACGGUGUUCCACGCACUCCGUGUUCCACUGCCUCCACGGUGUUCCACUGCACUCCCCCAUGUGUUCCACUGCACUCCCACGGUGUUCCACUGCACUCCCACGGUGUUCCACUGCACUCCCACGGUGUUCCACUGCACUCCCCCAUGUGUUCCACUGCACUCCCCCCGGUGUUCUACUGCACUCCCACGGUGUUCCGCUGCACUCCCACGGUGUUCGCAGCACACAUCGUCAGUUCUGUCCUUUUCCCCCUGCAGAUUGCCUGUGUCCACUUACCCAUGCCUUGUGCUUUAGCUAAUGAACAACAGGCAUUCACUCGCUCACUCCUAGUCCUUACCCUCCCAGGCAACAUGACGUUGUGGCUGAAUGAAAGUCGUUUAAAGCAGGUUAGGGUUUGGUUAGAAUUACAACGUGACUUUUUGAAACACAUAAGGUCUAAAUAAUAAAACCACCACAGGUAGGACAUCACAGUGAAUGAAAUGUUCCAUACACUCGUGUUAAUUGCAGACAACGUCAGCCAUUUCUUAAAGCUGCGGACGCUGCCAUCAUGUAAGUGACAUUUCGUUUUUGUUCACUCAGUAAGGGAACUGCCCCCCCCCAGCUGUGUGAAGGCCUGACGGUGCACUUAGCUGAAGAAAAGGAUAGCUGUGAAACAGAAGGGGAUUGUGAUUUCCAGCAAUACAGACUGAUCUGUGUCCCAAAUGGCACCCUAUUCCCUACAUCGUGCACUACUUUUGACCAGGGACCAUAGGACUCUAAAUAGGGAAUAGGGUGCUAUUUGGAAUGCAGACUUAGACGCUUGAAGUCCUGCUGCUGAUUCCUACAUUGUAAAUUAGGAAAAGCAGCAACCACACCUCAGGAAGGAAACACCUCAGGAAGGAAACACCUCAGGAAGGAAUCACCUCAGGAAGGAAUCACCUCAGGAAGGAAUCACCUCAGGAAGGAAACACCUCAGGAAGGAAUCACCUCAGGAAGGAAACACCUCAGGAAGGAAUCACCUCGUGGAAGGAAACCCUCGUGGAAGGAAACCCCUCGUGGAAGGAAACCCCUCGUGGAAGGAAACCCCUCGUGGAAGGAAACCCCUCGUGGAAGGAAACCCCUCGUGGAAGUGUGUAUUAAAUACCCACUGGGCAAAAACUGGUUUAAUCAAUGUUGUUUCCAAGUCACUUCAACCAAAAACAUGUAUGUGAUGAAGUUGACGUGGAAAACUGAUUGGAUUUGCAAAAAGUCAUCAACGUAAGAGGAUUUCAUCUUUUUUUUUCACCCAACUUUGAACCUAAAUCCAAUGACAUGGUUGAUUUCACGUUGAAUUCACGUUAGGUGACAACUCGACCAAAUGUAAAUCAAAACUAGACGUUGAACUGACGUCUGUGCCCAGUGGGGGGGAGAGUUCACCCUAAUUGCAAAUCUCAUUUUAUGGCUAUAGAAAGUAGUUUGUGGACCCAGAGAGAGAUAGCCACGCAUUGGUGUUCACUUCGAAUUCUCAAGUAGUACUUUAUAGUGUUUCAUUUGUCCAGUCGUUUUUAGGCCUUGAGAGAUGGAUUGGGUUUAGCAUUUAGAUGGUGAAUUCAUUCAUCGUUCUAAUUUCUCUGUUUAUCAGGGCUGAUAAUUGCAAAUUGACUGAAAUGAAGCAUUAUGCGGAUACUGCAAGUUUUAGUGCAUCACAUUACUGGUGUUUGCAUACCUCACUCUCUCCAAAGCAGCGAUUCAGUUUCCAAAUGUCAGAGGACAGACAUAAUGUAUGGGUUUACUGUGGCGGGCUAGAUGGAUAUACUUUCUCUCUGUGGAUGAGUUGUAUCAGAACUAACCCCUAACCCCUAGAAGCUUUACGCUGCAAUCUACCCCUACCCCCCUUCUCCCUCCCAAAAGAGUCAGCUACAAAUUCCUCAACCCCCCAAAAAAUGAGGUUGAUUGAGUCAGCGUCUCCGUGUUUGAAAUUCAGCGUUCCCCCUGAUUGCCGGGAGCUGGAAAAUACAAAAACGAGACAAAUCUGGUGCGUCUGCACUCUGUGCUUCCGAGAGAAAGAAGAGGAGGAGACGAUAGAGCGGGGUUAGUUUACUGCAGAGAUGCAAGAUAAAUAGGACAGGAGAUGGACAGUGGCAGACAACAUUGCCAGGGGGAGACGAUGAACACAGAGCCAUCACCCCCGCACUUCAGAGAUCGGAACCCUUGCUUAUUGUCUCAUCUCUGGGGAGACAUUUAUCCAUCCUGCCCUCUAUGCUACACCAGCUGAUCAAAGCAAUGACACGUGUUGCUGUUCGCUGCCAUUCAGCGAUGCCGUGUCGGAAUCCUUGGUGGUUGGUGAUAAAGCACAUGGAUGACCUUGAUAGAGAAUGACUGACAUGAAAUUAGAAACUGUAUGGACUAACUGACGCGGACUAAUCCACAAAGGCCAUUAUUUUAUAUAAAUGCGAAGACGUUAUAAUGGUUCGUAUAGGAAAUUAGUCUGGCUCUGGACUGCCCCAUGGCAGUAGUUAGUCGGCUGGUGGGAAACUGCUUUUUCAAGGUGCUUGUCUGCAUCUCAAAGUGACCCAUAAAAGCCGGUGGCUCUUCUGUGGAGCACUUUUGAGUAAUUAUCGAGCUCUUGUCAAAAUCACAUUUUUAAAAGCUCCCUCUUGAUUGCAGCGGGAACUUUGGAGUCUAAGUGGUCCUUUUCACUGAACUUUGUACCCCAAAAAAUCCAAGCACCUGAGUGGAGUGUGUUUGCGUUUAAUUGACAGUAAUUCAUUGGGGUUGACGAUUCCUGAAAUUUCAGAUGUAUGACAGAAAUAAAAAGUGUAAUUUUGAUGUUGUUGUAGACCGUAGAGGUCAGACAUUGUCAUUGCUCUCCUGAAAAAUAUAAAUAUUUAUAUGAUAUUUCACAUGAUAUUUAUAUGAUUGAUCAAAUAAAAUUAAAAUUGUAUUUGUCUCAUGCACCGAAUACAACAGGUGUAGACCUUACAGUGAAAUGCUUACAAGCCCUUAAACAACAAUGCAAAUAAUUGUUAAGUAAUCAAUAGAUAAGUACAAAAUAAAAGCAGUAAAAUAACAGUAAAAAUAUCAGUGGCGAGGCUAUAUACAGGGUGUACAGGUACAGAGUCAAUAUACAGGGGGUACAGGUACAGAGUCAAUAUACAGGCUAUAUACAGGGGGUACAGGUACAUAGUCAAUAUACAGGCUAUAUACAGGGGGUACAGGUACAGAGUCAAUAUACAGGCUAUAUACAGGGGGUACAGGUACAGAGUCAAUAUACAGGCUAUAUAGAGGGGGUACAGGUACAGAGUCAAUGUGCUGGGGCACCGGUUUGUCCAGGUAAUUUAGUAAUAUGUACAUGUAGGUAUAGUUAAUGAUAUUUAUAAUAUGAUAUUUAUAAGGGAAUAAAAUUUGACAUGAAUAACAAAUCAUGUUUUUUCCUUUUCGUACACAUUUGGCAUCGCAGGCUCCAUGAUGAGCUUAAGGGGUAACAUUUGAUCGCAAAAGAUGACAACAGCUGUUAACCACUUGAACCAGCACAGUUCUUUAAAUCCCAGCCACUGUACAUAAAUAGGUCCCUGGGACUAAGUAGAUCAUGUAAUUUCACUUCAUAUGCUUUGACCUACACAAGUGUGUGGCAAAUAAAGACUGCUUGAUGCCAUCGUUUCUACGUUCUGUGUUCUCGCUCUAGAUUUGGAUGAUCCCAUCGUAACCGUCCACCAGAGCAUCGGGGAGGCUAAGGAGCAGUUCUACUACGAGCGGACGGUGUUCCUGCGCUGCAUGGCUAACUCCAACCCGCCAGUGCGCUACAGCUGGAGGCGUGGCCGAGAGUUCCUGUCCCAAGGCUCGGAUAAGGGCGUUGAGAUCUACGAGCCCUUCUUCACACAAGUAAGCUCAGAGUCCACACCUGCUGCAACAGCUAGAUCAGGGGUCUGCAACUCGUGGCCUGUGGGCCAAAUCCGUCCCGAGAGCUGCUUUCUUGUGGUCCCACAGACCUAUUGGAAUCAGGCACUCAGGAUAAUUUUUCUGGCCUUCAGGUAAUUUGAGUUUGAGACCCCUGAGCUAGAUCAAACAACCCGUCCCUCUGAUCAGCAUUUGAGAUAUUAAGGAACUCCUAAGUCAUUACUUGUUAUGCAUAUUUUAGAUGAGAUUAAGUGUGUUUACCCCUUUCACAGCAUGUGGUAUGUCUCCCUUUGGAGCACUUGAAUCCCAAAUGGGAGGAUGUUUUGUGAGGGCAAUUUCUGUGACUUGGGUUGAAAAAUGUCGUCCGUCUUUUCAAAACAUCUCAUCUAAUCUCUGCUCUUCUUGCAAAGUCAUCUCCGUUGACAGGAGAGAUAAGAGCAUUUUGACAGGGAGUCAUAUGUCUGACAGUCACAAAGGGCGGUAUCGGAAGCAGACGAACUAUGACAGAGAAGGGAACAGCUUGGGCUUGCGGUAGCAUGAAACUCCCACAACUCCGAUGUGCUUGUGAUGAGCAGGGGGGAGACGCCACUUCAGGGGCUCGCAGUAUAUUUCUACUCACACACACAGGCAGACAUUAGGACCUCGUGUUUCCGGUAGACUUUACAUGUUGUGCCAUCCUCAGCCUAGUAAUGCCCUCUUGAGUUUUAACGAGAUUCUCCGGUACUUUUUAGCCAGUAGUUCUGAAAGUAGCGCCCACGAGCCGAAAGUGGUCCCCGAAAAUUGCGUACUACGUAACAUGUGGCUUUAUGUGCAUCAUUGCGCUCUCUCUCUCUCUCUCUCUCUCGCUCUCGCUCUCUCUCUCUCUCUGUGUGUGUGUGUAGCUCUACUGUGUGUGCGUCUUGCUUGAAGGUCAUUGGCUGAAACUCGAAUUGCUAGGGUGCUGGCCCACAUGGGGGUAAAUGUAGGGAAAAUGGCGUCGCACAGCUUCCAAAAAACAGUCGCUUUCAAACAAGUGAUUUUGAGAAUAAUUGAGGUAAGACAGUAAUUCUGCUCAUGUAUGAACUACACAUUGACACAUCCAGCCCAAAGCGGGAGGUUUAACCCGUUACACUCCUGGGAAUUGGUCUAUAUGGAUAGGGCUAAAUUGAAAUGUUUCUUACAGAAUAAAUAUGAAAAGCAUAUGCAUAACCAUGGUAGCAAUUGAAAGGGAAUAAUUUGGAGAUGAUGGGAAAUUUAUUAGUCCAAAAUUGUGGGCACAACAGUUCACCUGACACAAGACUGAAUCCAAACAUUACACUGUUGAUUUUAUUUGAGUCCUCUAACUCAAACCCAUUUUUUUUGUCUAACUGGUGUCUCCAAUGCACUGUAAUUUCAAUGCACUUUUAUGACUCAAAGAAGAGUCUUCAACUACAUAUAAGGUGCUUUUUGUGAGCUCUCCUAGCUGUGCCGUUGAGGAACUAGAGCAAGCACACUAGUAGUUGUUUUGUUUGGAACACAGCCCUGCAUCCCCGCCAUCACACAAUUACUGUGAUUACACAAAAACGGUCUAUUAUAAAUCGCAAUCUGGGUCAGGUGGGCAUAAUUUGGAAGCCUGUUCUAUUGCCAACAUGAUCAGCUAAGUUAUAAAAUACGAUAUUAGUGUUAGGCUUUCACAAUGCAAUUCAAGGAAACUGAUCAUCAUUUUGGUGCGCAUAGUUCAGUCAUGAGUGCAUUCAGGUGCGUGUGCCGCGGCAACUUUUCUUCACAAUAGACAAACGGGCUCAUUCUGUUCAGCACAACCCAGGGUAUGAUGCCAUGUCAUCUUCAAACAUUGUCAACGUUUAUGAUCACUAUGUGUAUUACAUGAGCAUUAUGAUAUGGAAAUGUUAAAUGCACAUUUGGACUCACUGUGUUUGGCUGACUUGUAUGACAUCAAAGUGGUAUUUAUUAUAAUCUUAAUUUACAGCGUUUCCCUCACUCAGACAACAAAACAUUUGCAAAAGUUGCCAAAUUAGCGGGAAGGAACGGCUCAGAACGUCUGUCAGUCAAAACCCAUACUUCGCUGUGAAGCGCGGUGCCAGAGCUCUGAUGUCAUGGAUAGCAUGUUGCUGUACAGCCACUGCGUUUGUCAGUGCCCAAAUCUGCCAUUUUCAACCCGUAUACGAGUACGAGCGUAAAGGGUUAAAAAAUACUUACCAGUCGCCAAAGUACUGGAGCAUGCCUUUAAUUAAGAAUAUACGGAACAUAAACAUAUUGGAGGUAUGUGCAACAAAGAUGGAGGUAUACACGAAAGCAGACAAAACAGUUGUUGGUAAAAUAAUUAAUGUGUAUUAAUAGCGCAUGUAUGCAUCUUGACAUUUGUUCCAAGAGCACCGUUUCAAGCACAUCCAAAUAGACAGCUAAUGAACUUCAUGAAUUGGAAAGCUUGGUGUAAAGAUAAUACUCCUCCUUUGAUGACUGGAAUGAGCUCAUUGUUGAAGCGCUGCCAAGGAAGCUCUUUGAUGAGGGCGAGAUGAAGAGACGAGGUCAAUACCACUGCUAUCUUACCCUUUUUGUAAGACACAUUAAGUGCGACAGGCCUGGGCAAGGCGGUGCAGCACAAAGUCGGUGCAACACUGUGUUUCUUUCCGAGUUGCAGGGGGAGACCAAGAUUCUAAAGCUGAAGAACCUUCGACCUCAGGAUUACGCCAACUACAGCUGCAUCGCCUCGGUCCGGAGUGUGUGCGGCAUCGCCGACAAGAAUGUCCUCUUCAAACUCUCCAACAGAACAGGUAAAGCUUUGGGGCGGCUGAGAACCCUGCUUCGUGUUGUUUAGCAAUCAAACUUCAAGGAUCCACCGAUUCCACCGUGAAUAGCGAUAAGCACUCAUUGUCUCUCUUAAUUUCAGUCAAUUCUCCCCGGCUUUGUCCAAAACUUCUCCAUUACAGAAAGUAAAUAUGCAGCAAGGAGACAGGUGUCUCAAUUUACAACCAAAUGAAGCGACUGUAAUUUAUAAAGGACUGCAGGUACUUGACACUAGAAACACAAUUUGCGACUAGAAGAGGUUCGGGGCCACUUGAUUAGGCCCCAUCCUUCCUCAUCAGAUUUAGCACAGAUUUAGAUUUGGUUGCGUAAUGUCAGUUGUCCUCUCCGUUGGCCAGAUGUCUCACGCCUACUAACCCUAACUCUACUUUAACCCCUGAUUGCUCUCAAAGUCCCCCCAGGGGACACCUCCAUUGAUGUUCCGUGGUUAUAUAUUCCAUAUUCCUAAGUAAAUGCCCCGUGGCCCCCUAGCGCUGCUCUGUGGCUCCCUCGACGCCUGUCGUUGUUCCUUUAGGAAAUACAUUACGGAUGGGAACCGUGUAGGUUGGUCCUUCUCCGAUCUGCAUUUUUCCUCUCUGAUGUUUCAGCCACACAUAAGACCAAUAAUGAUAAAGGUCCCAAUACACUGCCCUGCAGGUUUCCUGCUCUGGCCCUUUCCGCCGCAACCCGCAUUGAUUGGACUUACAGUGUAUGUCAGCGGGCUAGCUUAUGCCAUGCUCGUAAAGACAUGUAUCCCACUGCUAGGAAUGGAGAAGCCAUGUGCCUAUGGUUAUCCCAGCCAACAUAUUUGGUUUUGUUAGCAGUUUGUGUUAUUCUUAUUCUUCGACAACACAGACACCAAAGCAAAUCAGCGGGAGAAAAAUAUAUUUAUUCAAAGUGAACAAAUCCUAGUUGUUAUGCUGGAAAGUGGAUGGGAGAUGUUAAUUCUUCCCCGUUCUCAUUGUUUCUCCACAGAACAAAGAGACAGGAUGUAGUUUAGACCCAAGCCUGUGGUUGACCAAUUAGAAUUCAUUGCAGUAAAAUUGGGCCAAUGGCCAAAAUACAAAGUAUCCCAUUUCAGCUUCAAUGUAUAGAUAAUUUGGAUAAAUGAGAACUUGCCACACAUGGCUAUGAGUCCCGGACUGGAACCACUACACAGAUUCUAAACAGAUGUUGAACUGAAAAACAACUAGUUCCAUUGCUCUUUUAGUUCUCUAUUACAGAAAAACCAAUAGUUCCAUUGAUCUCUAGUUCUCUUGAUCUCUAGUUCUCUGCAGUGUAUAUUUAUCUUUGAAUAUUCUUACAGUUUCUUGGAAGUUGUGGAAACAUACGUUUUUGGUUUCCCGUUAGUUCUGGGAACGAAGCCAUAAGUUUCCUGACCGGUAAAACUGAACGUUUUUUAAACAUUCUGACAACGGAACUGAAAAAGUUCUGAGAACGUUUUACUAUGGUUCCCUGAAAGUUUUCCUGGGAGGUUUUAUUAACGUUCUGAGAACGGAAAUUCUGAGAACAUUCUCUAAAUGUUGUGAAUGUUUUGAAUAAAAUGUAAAGGUUAUUUGGAGGUUUUUGAAUAACUUCCUUAAAUGUCACUGAACGUUUCAAUAAGACUUUUAAUAACACUGCUAGCUUAGUUUAACAGUUUUGAACUCCAAGCAUAGAUGGGACACGUGGAAAUGCAUUUCUUAGGCAUUAAUCAUGCAAACAUAUUUAUUUUUUUAUUGUGACACAGCGUCAGUGAGAUUCAAACAUAUAAUCUUCUGUUCUCUAUCCAUGGAAUUAGUCCACUGCGCCAGCAGGAUGGAGCUAGCAAUCUUUUUUUUUUUUACUCAUACAAAGCUGUUCAUUUUAGUCUAUUCAAACAGACCCCAUUUCAAAGAAACAAUCACUCAUUAAGAUCAGGUGUGACCAAUUAGUGGGCGUGGCCAACACACCUGAACACACUUAACAAGAUGGAGGUUAGAGAGUUUUGUUGACGCUGAGAACGGAAAUGAAUACGUUUUUAAAUAACGUUCUCUGAACAUUACAAAAGUUUUCUGAAAUUCCCACAGAAGAAAGGUGUUUAUUAACGUUAUCUGAAUGUUCUGAGAACGUUACUUUAAAUAGAACCAUGAGGAAACCUGUAGGAAACGUUAUGCUGAAGUACUGAAAUUCCCACAGAACAAUUUUCUUUCAUAAUGUUCUCUGAACUAUUUGAGAACAUUCCCAAUGUCAAACCAGUUGGAGAACAUUCCUAGAACAUUGAAAUGAAUUUAAAUGUAACCAUGUUUGGAAAUGUUCUGUUGAUUUAAUGAAAUACCAGGAAAAUAACGUUUUUUUUGUCAAGUUCUUUAAAUGUGCUGAGAACGUUCCAAAGCCAAGCACCAUUCCCAGAACGCUGUGGGAAGGUUAUAUGCAAAAUAACCAGAAGACAACCACGCUCUCACCAAGCUCUAAGAAACGUAUGGUUCUCAGAACGUUAUGUGCUAGCUGGGUUAUGAACUUACACCCUACUACCAACUAUAUAAAGUGAGGGAAAAAAGUAUUUGAUCCCCUGCUGAUUUUGUACGUUUGCCCACUGACAAAGAAAUGAUCAGUCUAUAAUUUUAAUGGUAGGUUUAUUUGAACAGUGAGAGACAGAAUAACAACAACAAAAAAUCCAGAAAAACGCAUGUCAAAAAUGUUAUACAUUUAUUUGCAUUUUAAUGAGGGAAAUAAGUAUUUGACCCUCUCUCAAUCAGAAAGAUUUCUGGCUCCCAGGUGUCUUUUAUACAGGUAAUGAGCUGAGAUUAGGAGCACACAAAUCUUGGGUGAGAACCUCCUUCCCUCAGCCAGGGCAUUGAAAAUGGGUUGUGGGAUGGGUAUUCCAGCAUGACAAUGACCCAAAACACACGGCCAAGGCAACAAAGGAGUGGCUCAAGAAGAAGCACAUUAAGGUCCUGGAGUGGCCUAGCCAGUCUCCAGACCAUAAUCCCAUAGAAAAUCUGUGGAGGGAGCUGAAGGUUCGAGUUGCCAAACGUCAGCCUCGAAACCUUAAUGACUUGGAGAAGAUCUGCAAAGAGGAGUGGGACAAAAUCCCUCCUGAGAUGUGUGCAAACCUGGUGGCCAACUACAAGAAACAUCUGACCUCUGUGAUUGCCAACAAGGGUUUUGCCACCAAGUACUAAGUCAUGUUUUGCAGAGGGUUCAAAUACUUAUUUCCCUCAUUAAAAUGCAAAUCAAUGUAUAACAUUUUUGACAUGCGUUUUUCUGGAUUUUUUUGUUGUUAUUCUGUCUCUCACUGUUCAAAUAAACCUACCAUUAAAAAUAUAGACUGAUCAUUUCUUUGUCAGUGGGCAAACGUACAAAAUCAGCAGGGGAUCAAAUACUUUUUUCCCUCACUGUAGCUACACUAUAGAACACUAUAUAGCUACACUAUAGAACCUAUAGAACACUAUAUAGCUACACUAUAGAACACUAUAUAGCUACACUAUAGAACCUAUAGAACACUAUAUAGCUACACUAUAGAACCUAUAUAACCAACUAUAUAGCUACACUAUAGAACCUAUAGAACACUAUAUAGCUACACUAUAGAACACUAUAUAGCUACACUAUAGAACCUAUAGAACCACUAUAUAGCUACACAUAAUAGAACACUAUAUACACACUAUAGAACACUAUAAACCUAUAGAACACUAUAUAGCUCUACACUAUAGAACACUAUAUAGCUACACUAUAGAACACUAUAUAGCUACACUAUAGAACCUAUAGAACACUAUAUAGCUACACUAUAGAACCUAUAGAACACUAUAUAGCUACACUAUAGAACCUAUAGAACACUAUAUAGCUACACUAUAGAACCUAUAGAACACUACUAUAGCUACACUAUAGAACCUAUAGAACACUAUAUAGCUACACUAUAGAACCUAUAGAACACUAUAUAGCUACACUAUAGAACCUAUAUAACACUAUAUAGCUACACUAUAGAACCUAUAGAACACUAUAUAGCUACACUAUAGAACCUAUAUAACACUAUAUAACCAACUAUAUAGCUACACUAUAGAACCUAUAGAACACUAUAUAGCUACACUAUAGAACACUAUAUAGCUACACUAUAGAACCUAUAGAACACUAUAUAGCUACACUAUAGAACACUAUAUAGCUACACUAUAGAACCUAUAGAACACUAUAUAGCUACACUAUAGAACCUAUAGAACACUAUAUAGCUACACUAUAGAACCUAUAUAACCAACUAUAUAGCUACACUAUAACACUAUAGACACACUAUAGAACACUAUAGAACACUAUAUAGCUACACUAUAGAACCUAUAGAACACUAUAAGCUACAUAUAGACACUAUAACUACACUAUAGAACCAACUAUAUAGCUACACUAUAGAACACUAUAUAGCUACACUAUAGAACACUAUAUAGCUACACUAUAGAACACUAUAUAGCUACACUAUAGAACCUAUAGAACACUAUAUAGCUACACUAUAGAACCAUAUAGAACCAACUAUAUAGCUACACUAUAGAACACUAUAGAACACUAUAUAGCUACACUAUAGAACACUAUAUAGCUACACUAUAGAACCUAUAGAACACUAUAUAGCUACACUAUAGAACCUAUAGAACACUAUAGAACACUAAUAGAACUAUAUAACACUAUAUAGCUACACUAUAGAACACAUAAACACUAUAUAGCUACACUAUAGAACACUAUAUAGCUACACUAUAGAACCUAUAGAACACUAUAUAGCUACACUAUAGAACCUAUAGAACCUAACUAUAUAGCUACACUAUAGAACCUAUAGAACCAACUAUAUAGCUACACUAUAGAACACUAUAUACACACUAUAGAACACUAUAUAGCUACGCACUGACUAGAACACUAUAUAGCUACACUAUAGAACCUAUAGACACUAUAUAGCUACACUAUAGAACACUAUAUAGCUACACUAUAGAACACUAUAGAAACUAUAUAACCAACUAUAUAGCUACACUAUAGAACCUAUAACUCACUAUAGAACACUAUAUAGCUACACUAUAGAACCUACUAUAACACUAUAUAGCUAACUAUAGAACACUAUAAACUAUAGAACACUUAUAGCUAUAUAGCUACACUAUAGAACCUAUAGAACCAACUAUAUAGCUACACUAUAGAACCUAUAGAACCAACUAUAUAGCUACACUAUAGAACACUAUAGAACCUAUAGAACACUAUAGAGUCUAUAGAACCUAUAUAACCAACUAUAUAGCUACACUAUAGAACCUAUAGAACACUAUAUAGCUACACUAUAGAACCUAUAGAACACUAUAGCACCUAUAGAACCUAUAGAACCAACUAUAUAGCUACACUAUAGAACCUAUAGAACAUAUAGCUACACUAUAGAACCUAUAGAACACUAUAUAGCUACACUAUAGAACCUAUAGAACACUAUAUAGCUACACUAUAGAACACUAUAGAACCUAUAGAACCUAUAUAACCAACUAUAUAGCUACACUAUAGAACCUAUAGAACCUAUAGAACAUUAUAUAGCUACACUAUAGAACCUAUAGAACACUAUAUAGCUACACUAUAGAACCUAUAGAACACUAUAUAGCUACACUAUAGAACACUAUAGAACCUAUAGAACACUAUAUAGCUACACUAUAGAACACUAUAGAACCUAUAGAACACUAUAUAGCUACACUAUAGAACCUAUAGAACCAACUAUAUAGCUACACUAUAGAACCUAUAGAACCAACUAUAUAGCUACACUAUAGAACACUAUAGAACCUAUAAACCUAUAGAACCUAUAUAACCAACUAUAUAGCUACACUAUAGAACCUAUAGAACACUAUAUAGCUACACUAUAGAACCUAUAGAACACUAUAUAGCUACACUAUAGAACACUAUAGAACCUAUAGAACCUAUAUAACCAACUAUAUAGCUACACUAUAGAACCUAUAGAAACCUAUAGAACACUAUAUAGCUACACUAUAGAACCUAUAGAACAUAUAUAGCUACACAUAAACUAUAGAACACUAUAUAGCUACACUAUAGAACCUAUAGAACCUAUAUACACUAUAUAGCUACACUAUAGAACACUAUAGAACCUAUAGACCUAUGAACACUAUAUAGCUACACUAUAGAACCUAUAGAACACUAUAUAGCUACACUAUAGAACCUAUAGAACAUAUAUAGCUACACUAUAGAACCUGAUAGAACACUAUAUAGCUACACUAUAGAACACUUGACAUAGAACCUAUAUAACCAACUAUAUAGCUACACUAUAGAACCUAUAGAACACUAUAUAGCUACACUAUAGAACCUAUAGAACACUAUAUAGCUACACUAGAACCUAUAGAACACUAUAUAACCUAUAUAACACUAUAUAGCUACACUAUAGAACCUAUAGAACACUAUAUAGCUACACUAUAGAACCAACUUAUAGCUACACUAUAGAACAAAACAUAUAUAGACCUAUAGAACACUAUAUAGCUACACUAUAGAACACUAUAGAACCUAUAUAACAACUAUAUAGCUACACUAUAGAACCUAUAGAACACUAUAUACUAACUAUAGACCUAUAGAACACUAUAUGUACACUAUGUAACACUAUGAUAGCUACACUAUGAACCUAUAGAACACUAUAUAGCUACACUAUAGAACCUAUAGCACAUAUAGCUAAAUUAGACUAUUGACCGUAUAUGCUCCGAAAACUAUAGAACAUAUAGUGACACUAUAGACCUAUGAACCUAUGUACACUUAGUAACAUCAUAGAACACUAUAUAGACGGUAUAUACACUAGUUAGCUACACUAUGACCUAUGAACACUAUAUGUACACUAUAGAACAAAUGUCACUAGAAAGGGAAGGAAGGCAGGUAACAGACAAAAUCAAUAUACUACUCAGUUUACAGCAGCUACAGUACCUAAUGACUUGUUUGUUGACUACUGACACAUUUCUCAUGGACGGAGGUACGUAACAGACAGUAUCGUAAUGUCUGUCAACAGACUGAGAUGUGACAAAUACCGAGGAACGGUGCGCUGAUUUAUCAUCACUGAUUAUUUGUACAGAUCACAAAUUGCACAGUUGUGCGCGUUUGAAUUUUGAAGGGAGGGGGACGUUUGGCCCGUAGACUUGCCCGAAACACGUAGCGAGAUAGGGGUGGAGCUACCUCCACUCACUCUAGUUUCACUUCUCAUACCGCUCAUAAGAACCUAAUUGAGUAGCUGGUGGGUGAUUUUAAUUCUGGGUUUCCGAGAUUACCUAUUGACUUUGACACAGACAAAUAAAAUGUAAACAAUCAGAUAAAAAAAAAAAAAACUGGUAAAAAUCCACCUUAUGGAACAGCGGGGACUGUGAAGAGACACACACCGGUACAGACACACGCAUACACACACAAACGCUAGCACACGCACUCUACACACACGUACAUUGUAAUAUUGUUGUAUGGUGGUAUUAUACAUUUUGCAUUGUAGAUAUGUAGUGGUGUAAUAAUGUUAUAUGAUGUACUGUUUUUAUAUUUUGUUUUAUAUGUAAUGUAAGUGCCUUAAUGUGUUUGGACCCCAGGAAGAGUAGCUGCUGCCUUGGCAACAGCUAAUGGGGAUCCAUAAUAAAUACAAAUACAAAUAUAAUGCAUUCUAUUUUAAUCCUGUGGUUUCAGCAUCCCCCACCAUUAAGCUGCUGGUGGAGGACCCCAUCGUGGUGAACCCUGGGCAGACCGUGACCCUGGUGUGCGUGACCUCCGGCGGUGACCCUACGCCCACACUCACCUGGGUGCACAACACUGACGAGCUGCCCAAGAAGAGCGUCCUUAAUGGAGGGACCCUCACGCUGCCCGCCAUCUCCACAGAGGAAGCAGGCGUCUACAGCUGUGUGGCCAGCAACAACGUGGGAAACCCGGCUAAGAAGUCUACCACCAUUGUGGUCCGAGGUAAGACCCGGGAGGUGUAGGUUAAUAGGUGGAUCCUGGAUAAGCCCUCAGUUAUUACCAUUGAUACCGGACGAGCCCCCAAAACAUGACCAAAACAUUUAGGUAGCCUAAGGAAAAGCCUGUUUGGACUCUUAAGUCGGAAAACAGCAGCUAGGAUGAUCCAGGGGCCAAACUUUUACGUCAUUCACACAUUGUGCACAUCUUCCAUUGACCUCAAACACUGAAGUUACAUGCACACAUAUCUCAAGUUAGAAUUCAGGCCUUAGUGAAUUACCCAAGGUAGUAUCCAUUCUACAAGGUCAUAUCAGAUGUGUAUUGUUUAAUUUAAUGUGUGAAGAAUGCUUGGAAGCUGGUGUAUUUGGACCAGAUAUCAGCAGCUAAAAGCCUUGCCACUGGGCUGUGUGUGUUUGAUUCCCAGCUAAAAGCCUUGCCACUGGGCUGUGUGUGUUUGAUUCCCAGCUAAAAGCCUUGCCACUGGGCUGUGUGUGUUUGAUUCCCAGCUAAAAGCCUUGCCACUGGGCUGUGUGUGUUUUGAUUCCCAGCUAAAAGCCUUGCCACUGGGCUGUGUGUGUUUGAUUCCCCAGCUAAAAGCCUUGCCACUGGGCUGUGUGUGUUUGAUUCCCAGCUAAAAGCCUUGCCACUGGGCUGUGUGUGUUUGAUUCCCAGCUAAAAGCCUUGCCACUGGGCUGUGUGUGUUUGAUUCCCCGCUAAAAGCCUUGCCACUGGGCUGUGUGUGUUUGAUUCCCAGCUAAAAGCCUUGCCACUGGGCUGUGUGUGUUUGAUUCCCCGCUAAAAGCCUUGCCACUGGGCUGUGUGUGUUUGAUUCCCAGCUAAAAGCCUUGCCACUGGGCUGUGUGUGUAAUCAGUGAACAACUAUCUGGAACAGGGAUAUAACAGCCCUCGGGAUGAAUGAGGAAGAUGAACACAGGCUUACUGUUUGGCGCUCCCAGUACCAGUAGUGCUGCUCCCAGUGGUGUUCCCAGUGGUGCUCCCAGUGGUGCUCCCAGUAGUG